GACCGAGGAAGGAGACGAUCUUGAAAACUUUACCAGGUCCUCGAGAGAGAAAACUACAUGACACUACACCAUGAGUGACAGUAAAUGUGAUAGUCAGUUUUACAGUGUUCAAGUUGCAGAUUCAACAUUCACUGUACUAAAACGUUACCAGCAAUUGAAGCCCAUAGGAUCAGGGGCACAGGGCAUUGUUUGUGCUGCGUUUGAUACAGUCCUUGGAAUAAAUGUUGCUGUAAAGAAGCUGAGUCGUCCUUUUCAGAAUCAAACCCACGCAAAAAGGGCUUACAGAGAGCUUGUUCUUUUAAAAUGCGUCAAUCACAAAAAUAUAAUUAGUUUAUUAAAUGUAUUUACACCGCAGAAGUCACUAGAAGAAUUUCAGGAUGUAUAUUUGGUUAUGGAGCUGAUGGAUGCAAAUUUGUGCCAGGUUAUUCAUAUGGAAUUGGAUCAUGAAAGAAUGUCUUAUCUACUCUACCAAAUGCUAUGUGGUAUCAAACAUCUCCACUCAGCUGGUAUCAUCCACAGAGAUUUGAAACCCAGCAACAUAGUAGUAAAAUCAGAUUGUACACUCAAAAUCCUUGAUUUUGGACUGGCGAGAACAGCGUGUACAAACUUUAUGAUGACUCCAUAUGUAGUAACACGAUAUUACAGAGCACCAGAGGUUAUCCUUGGGAUGGGAUAUAAAGAGAACGUUGAUAUCUGGUCAGUUGGGUGCAUCAUGGGAGAAUUGGUGAAAGGUUGUGUGAUAUUCCAAGGCACUGAUCAUAUUGAUCAGUGGAAUAAAGUUAUUGAACAAUUAGGAACACCAUCAGCAGAUUUCAUGAAGAAACUACAGCCUACAGUGAGGAAUUAUGUGGAAAACAGGCCAAAAUAUCCUGGUAUUAAAUUUGAAGAGCUCUUCCCAGACUGGAUAUUUCCAUCCGAGUCUGAUCGUGACAAGUUAAAAACCAGCCAAGCUAGAGAUUUAUUAUCAAAAAUGCUUGUUGUAGAUCCAGACAAGAGAAUUUCUGUAGAUGAAGCCUUACGUCAUCCUUAUAUUACUGUCUGGUAUGAUCCAGCUGAAGCAGAAGCUCCUCCACCUCAAAUAUAUGAUGCACAGUUGGAAGAAAGAGAACAUGCAAUUGAAGAAUGGAAAGAAUUAAUAUACAAAGAAGUAAUGGAUUGGGAAGAAAGGAGCAAGAAUGGUGUGGUAAAAGAUCAGCCCUCAGCACAGAUGCAGCAGUGAAUAGCAACACCAGUCCUUCCCAGUCAUCAUCUAUCAAUGACAUUUCAUCCAUGUCAACAGAGCAAACAUUGGCCUCAGAUACAGACAGCAGCCUCGAUGCCUUGACAGGACCCCUUGAAGGAUGUCGAUGAUCAGCCAGGAUUGCAGACUUGACUUUGGAAAAGAACUCUUGCUUCCAUUGGGUCUGAAUUGCUUGUAAGUUAAUGGAACCAAGUAGAAAAACUCCAUGUUCUGCAUGUUCUGCUAAAGUAAUGCCUGUUUUUUAUUUUUUUACUCAGUUGUUAUGAAAUUGCCUGCUUAAUGUUGUAGAAUGAAAGCAAAUCAAUGUCUAAAGAACAAGAAAAUUUAAAUUUAGACACUAUUAUAGGCAUUUCUUUGUUUCAGCCUAUUUCAGGUGAGCAGUUAUAGUAGACUUUAUUACACAAUAAAAUAACUUCUCUUCAGUGGGUUCAUGAACCUUCAGUCCCAACUGGCAGGCUUCUGUGACACAGUGGUUGUUUACAUUUUAGUACAGUAUUGCUCAUUAGUAGGUUUUUUGAAUGUAUAGUCUCUAUGAAGUUGUUUUAACAUGUGACUGGCAGUUUGCUUUAUUUAACAACUGGAGUGUUGUAUAUAGGUGUGAACUCACACAUUGAACGCUCUCAGUACUAAGUUUAAAGGGCAGUUAUUCUUCCACAUAGCACUUUUUUUUAUUGAGCCCUUUCUAUAUUCAAUUUCCAACAAUUCCGUCUAUCCUUUUGUAGAAAAGAUAAACGUGAAAUUUAAAGAAUACAGCCAUUACUUUGUAUUUCAGCUACAAGUAUGUGUCUAACUACUUCAGUUUUUUAAAUGUGGAUGGAAGUUACAGUGACUUAAGUCACUCAUCCUUCCUUAAGAUUUAAUUAUCUGUGAAGCAGUGCCUGUUGAGAAGAGGAGAGAGUUUUAAGAUGUUCUGUAUUUUCUAGUUUGUGAUACUGGUCCUUUAACAAAAACAAACAAAGGGAAAUUAUAUCGGUGAUGGUCUUCAUUCACUGCAAACUCUGAUAAAAGGACAGAUGAAUUGGAGAGACUUGCAGCCUCAGAGCUGUAUAAAUGUUUUCCAUUUUUUUAAUGGGUUUACUCUAUCUAGCAAGUAAUUAGAGAAAUAAAAAUACAGUAGUUUUGAGUCAUAAAUUAUUUCGUUAACAAUGCUUAGCUCUAUUCCCGCUUUAGGAAAACCUCUCUGUUUGUACUGGGGGAGUAAAACAUAUUGAAUACCUAUUUUCUAAAUACAGUGUCAGAAGAGGAGAUUAUUUACUGUUUCAAUACCGGCUUAUCAAUACAGUUUUCAGAAUCGGAUAAGGAUAAUACAAACAUUGCCUGUUACAUUGCACAGUAGAAAAUGUGCUUGCAGUAGAGUAGGGCUUAAAUUACUUUAUACUACACACUUGUGAAUUUGUGCACAUUGACUUUGGAGUGCACAGGUGUGAAAUUUUGCUAAAGGAUCUUGUGUGUGCAUGUGUGUGAGAUUAAACUAUAUAGCUGUAAGAGUAAUAGAGAUGUACAAGAUGAGGUAAAACACCACUUUUCUUAAAGGCACUAUAUUUAGCUGUUGAUCAAGAUACUUUUGACUUGAAUAGAGAAAUAGAACUUCUAAAAUAUACUGGCCCAGCCAGCCACUUCAUUAUUGAAAUAUUAUUUUUAUAAAAAAAAAUUGUUCAUUGUUUCUGAUGUUAUGAUUUGAAAUUUCCUUUGAUGCAAACAUUGCUUUUAUGUUAAAAUUGUACCCCUUUUUUAAUAGCUUAAUUUACUGUAGCAAAAAUACUAAGGUUUUACUGUCCCAGAAGGUUAAAAAAAAUUCAAAAAUUAGCAAAGUACUCAAUAUGAUGUUAAGUUCAGAAUUGCCAUCUGGAAUUACAGAUUUUUAAAAUUCUGUUUAAUUGAAUUACAGGAUAUUAGGACUUGGGUUUUUUCUUGUUUGGUUUUAAACUGAUGCCUACCUUAAUUUAUCUUUGGAUACUGACAGUAUAUGUGAAAUAUUUUUAGUACAUUUUUGUCACUGGAAAAAACAUUUAAAAAUAUCUAUUUACCGUGUAGCAGAACAGUACAGGUUGCUGUUCUUUUGCUUUUUUUAAAUCCUUGUUAUCUGUGUAAGUUCAAAUUUCUAGAGACACGUAUUCAAAAUGAACAUUAGUGAUUCACUAUGGAAGUAACCUACAGGAUUUCAUUUUUCAAGAUUUUUUAAAAAUCUUUUUCAACUGAAGUUGCACUGUGCCAUGUUCAUUUUAAUAGUUUCUGCUUUAAAAUAUUUAACAAAAAAAUAAUUUGUGGUGUUACAUUUUUUUUUUCAUAUGUUUUGGAUAUUUGAAAAGUUUGGCUAGUUGAGUUGUUCCUAUUGGACUUGGGUUGCUCAGAACACCAGGGGGUUGGACCAGAUGACCUCCAGGUCUUUUUCAACCUCAAUUACUCUACGAUUCAAAUUAUUGUUUAAUGUUUUUUAACAGACCUGCCCUAUCUCCAUGAUGUGAACUGGUAUCUGACCUUCUCCUAGUACACACUAUUAGCUUGAAUAUGUACUCUUGGAACAGAAAAAAACACAAAACCAAAACCCUGAGGUGAACUGAGUUUAUUUGUAAAUCUUGUUACAGGAAAAGCUGUCUCAUACUUUAUUUUUUUAAUGUCGUCUUGCUGUGGCAUACAUUGAAGCUUCAGAAUUUUACAGAAAUGUCGCUGCUUUCAGAGCAUGCAUGAAAUGUCAGUGAAUAUUGUGGAUUUUGAUUCCAGUAUAAUUCAAAACCAAAUUGCUAAUAAACUGAAUAAACAUUGAUCUGAAUAUGGCACAUAUGUAGAUUGUUCAGAAAAACGCAUGCAGAAUAGAUGCAUGCUAAAGUUCCCAUGCUAUUUCAGUGUGCACAUAUAGACUAUAAAUGCACUGCAUGCAGAUUAUAUACAUAUAGUCGUAUUCCUGACUGCAGAUUAAGUUCAGUGCCACGUUUGUGAAAUGGUCGUCAAUGCCACAAGAACCUCAUCGUUGAUGGAAAACAAAAUGCACAUGUAACUUGACAGGGGUUUAAAAGUUUAGAGAGUUUGGUGUGCAAUAUAAUCACUGUUAUGCCUAAUACUAAAAUCAUGUAUGUAAAGUGAUGCAAUUGACCAUUUUUUUGCACUUUGGCAUUUAUAAAUAUUUAUAUGUAUUUAAAGAUUAAGAAUAUGUGUGUGUAUACAUAUGCAUAUAUAUAUUAAGAAACCUGCUCAGUUUUGUAAACAUGAAUGUUACUUUUCUUUGAGAGACUUUGUAUAGUGUUAACACUACUGCAGUAUACAUAAACAAUUUAUGAAAUAUGACUAGAAAUAAAUGGUGGUCAACAUAGAUACAAGAUGUAAUCUAAAAAAAAAAAAAAAAAAAAAAAGAGGGAUCUAUACCUAUCAAUCAGAUUAUCUACCAGAAACAUUGUGUUAAAUAUAUGAACACUGAGUAGCUGCAUGGCAUUGCAGAAAUGGAGUAGGUUUCAAACAGUUCAUCUGUACUCAUAUAAUUUUUCCUCAAAAAAACCUCAAAACAACAACCUUAGAAAGAGAAGCUUGGCGUUUUGAAAUCUGGAUAAGCAGCCUGUAAGUGUGCUUUGAGGAAAUACUGUGAUAUGACAAGUCUGGGUUGUUUUUUUUUUUUAUUGAAAGACAAGAAGUGAAUGUCAAAAUUAAGGCUUUGUCUGCAUGGAUCAUACAAGGUAAACUAGUCUAAUGACUGGAAACUAGUGUUUGCAAACAGCCUUUGAAAUUUUGGAAUGUUUCCAGCAAGGGUUUGCAUUUCCAUGUCAAAAUAAUGAAAAAUAAACUCAACUUUAACUAGAAAUUAACUGGUUAGUUGGUAAGUUUUAAAAACUGUUAGGAACCAGAGGGGACUUGAGGUAUUCUUUGUCUUUAAGUCCUAACAGAGCAUAUGUGUUUAUUCAAAAUGAAUUUUUAAAAAAGUGAUUCCUUAUGUUUAAUUUUCCUUUCCUAAAGGAAGGACUUUAAAUGAAUGCUAAAUCAAUUUCCUCUUUAGAUCUGAUUGUAUUUGGCUUAAAAUUAUAAUUUUAUGAAUGAAGUAGGAUUUAGACAUUCAAAAUACAGCUGACAUACGGAGUCUCCAAGAGCUGAGUGGAUGACCCUUUUGGCAGAAGUGCAGUUCUCUAGGUUAGUGUGUGCUGGAAGUUCAGUUGUUAAAGUGCAGACAAAUCUUUACUGAACAUGAUGCUGUUUUGGAGUACGGGUUCAGUCUUGCAGCAAUACAGUUUGUGCAGAGUGUUUUAUUUGAAUUGUGACACUUUAAGUGUGGUGGGGGGUAAAUGCUGAACAGCCUUUGUCUGUAUAUUCUACAUAUGUCACAUGGAUUCUAUCAGGGCUUGAUGCUAAACUUAGUGAUACCAUAUACUGGGAACCAAAUUCUUUCCUGGGAUGUGUACUGUGUAAUUCCUGCUCAAAACUGGUUUUGAUCCAGGGACACCUGCACCCAGAUGCAGAAUUUGGACUUGAGUUCCUAUAGAUGAAUCUGGUGAUUUUUCUUUGCUUUUCCAGAGUGUCUUUGAUUAUUUUUUAACAUGUUGAAAUAUGACAGAAAAAGUGUAUUCUGGCUCAUUAUUUUACAUCUAUUGUAGAUUGUCUAUUACAUGAGUGAUAGUGAUGUUCUAAAAGCUUAUUACAAGACUUAUCAAAUCAGUUUUAUUUUUUGCCCGCUCUGCAUGCUAAAAAUGUCUGGAGCUAAACUAAUGUUUAAGUAAACCAGCUUUUCUCAUAUUAGUGUUGGAGGAAAGUGGAGAGAUAACCAUCGUUUCUGUUUGUGUUCUAUAAAAUGACUAUUUUUGUAGCUAAAAUUUUAGUUGUUGGAUUUCAAUCCCACAGUGUUGCUUUGUGGAUAUAAAUUUACCUGGGUCCGCUAUUUCAAACAGUAUAUGUAUAACAAGUCCAGUAUAAAAUUAAACUAAUAAAAUGCACUCUUCUGUAAUUUGUUAUUGAAAAUAUGGCAAAUUAUUUUGGUCCAAGAAUUCAAAACAGAAUAGAGAAAAUACAUGUAACUAUUAGUUUUUAUUCUGUGAUACUGCUGCUUAUUUUUUGAAAAGGUGCUUGCAGUUUUGCACAAAAGAAAUCAACUUUAUUAAUUGUUGAGUUUGAAGCACUUUAGGAUUCUUCUAAAUACAACCAGUAUAUGGUGUAAAAAGGAAUGACGUAAAAAAUGUUGAAUACGUUUAAAUUUUGGUUGCAGUCUUUGCUAUUCUAAUAGAUUUGAUCAGCAUGUUCCUUUAAAUAUAAACCUGUUUUCAGAGAUUUUAUAUUAGUUUUUUUAAUGGGCUGAAAUUUAACACAUAGUAAGAGAUCCUUUGAGAAACAUCUUGUACUCAGAUGCCUGGAGGAUGACUUGAAUAGCAAUGUGACUACCUAGCCAUCUAUUAUAUAAAGAUACAAUGUUUGUUCCUAUAGCAAGGUCAGCUAGCUAGGAGCACUAGGAUUCUUUUUCCUAAAAGAAAAAACUUUUUAUUACCUUCUGGCUACACAUCAUAAGGUAGUUGUAUGUGUCGUGCUAAGGCCAGAACACCUGAUUCUUGGGACUCCACUGCAGUAGAUGCUCUAUGAAUCCCACAGGCAGACACUGUCCCUGCUCUGAAAUAAUAUUCCCAAACCCUGAUACUUUCUAGGGUGUGCUUAAGCAAGUACAUGUGUAGUUGUUUCCCAGGCUGGGUCUGUAGUUCAUGGCUCCGUAGCUUCUUAGGAUAACAAAAGCACAGGAGAAGGUAUGGGUGAGAGCAACAUUUUAUGUUUGCUACCUGAAACAGUAGUCAUGUUUGUUACUGAUAACAGCUAACUGAGCAUAUGCCAUUGUAUUGUCUUCUAAUGGGGAAAAACUUUUUUGAAAAACCAAGUGUGUCACUAGCUUUUCUAUGAAUUCAGAUGCUUAAAUUGGUGCUAAUUUUUUAAAAAGAAAAUGUAACAGAUGGUUAGCAGUGUAUUUGUCUGUUUUUGAUACAUAUAUUUUCUUAUAUGGUGGCAAGCCAAACUUUAUAAAAUGAUUAAUGUGCAUUUUCAGCUUCAUCAGAUUCCCAGAUUUUCCUAAAGUAAAACAUUUAAACUUCCAUGGUGGUUACUGCUUCUUUGGAGCUAUUGCUUUCAGGUGUUUUAUACACUAAUAAAAUGAACACAAUUAGGAAAGAUAGCAAUACCUAACUACCCCUUUCUUUAAAUUACAUGACAUGUUGGGUUCCCCAGGUGGUUUUAGCAGUUCAGUGUAAUCAAGAUACCUAAUUAAGAGCAAAUCACAGAUAACUUUGUGCAGUUAAGUCAGCACAGUGAAGCCUUACCUGGUCACUGAGAUAAUUUAUAAAGAUUAUACAAAUUUUCAUCUAUUUUAGAGGGAGUAAAAAAUAGAAAUAAUUAACUGUUAUCAUAAAAAUUCAAAGGUUAAUUUCAGAGAAUAUAUUCUGUAGUGUAUCCCAGAACACAUGCUAUUAAAGAGUAUAAUAGACUGAUUUAUUAUGAAAUUCAGUUUUAUCAAAUUAUUCAGAAUAAACCCCCUCCAAAAAUUAGUUCUUUGCGAAUUUCUUUUGAAAUGCCUUCAAGUUUUAACUACCUUCAGAAUACUUAGUAUGUCUUGUUCUGGCCCUCUUUCCCACCUUCUGUUUGCCAAAUGUCACAAAAAGUAGCAUCAAGCCCUAUCACUUGUUACAGUGUUCUGAUUUUAUGGCCUUAAUAUUAGUUAUAGUAUGGUAUAUAAUUUCAGAAGAAAGAUGUGCUUUGAAGUCUAAUUCUAUAGAUACAUGUGGCCUCUUCUGCCUAUGAAAUUAGGCUUUGAUUGUCAUAUCCCAUUCUCGAUGCUUGUGCAAUAGGAACAUGUUCCUUUCAAUGCAGUGGCUAUUUUGUCUGAUGCUGGACUUUGUUUUCAGGAUGACUAGAAAGUUUUUUGGGUUUUUUUAUGGACAGCAGUCAUGCUCCCUUGGGGUUUUUUUUUGAUUGAUUUUCUUUAAGCAAACUAGAAUUUCAUAAGGAAAACUGUCAAUAACUAGUUCUGAAGUUCUAGUUAAAGCCUCAUUCUGAAGAUUUUUUUUUUCCCUCCAAAAACCUAAUCGUAAAACAGUACAAAAGCCACUGUAAAAUUACAAAUAAAUAUGUAUAC